AUGAACAGUCCCAAUCAAUUAGGGGCGGUCGGCGAUCCGAUCGGAAGGAGGGCAGCGCGGGCGCUCUCACUGAAAACUUGGGAAAAUGGAAAUGGUGCGAGGGGUUACAGGGGGCGGCGGCGGGGGCUCGGGGGUGAGGAGCGAGGGGUGGGGGUCAGCCGGAGGGUGCGUGAGGCGCGCGCGUGCAUCGAUCGCGCGGGGCGGUUGGCACACGUACGGCUCAGUCCGCCGGGGCGGCCGGCGAGAGCGCGCGUGUGA